UUAAGCCGAGAGAGCGAAAACCUCAUAAAGAGCUGGCGGCAGAGCGGGCGGGGACACUACGGACUCCGAAGUGACGAGGCAGCAGUUUCCUCCAGCCGCCCCACUCGCCGUGUGUGUCAUUCACCCAGCCCUGUGAUUCACCCCCUCAGCCGCUAAAAACCUCCAGCUACUCCAGAGCCGCUGCCCAUCACUCAUGGAGGGGCUGGUCCAAGCCGUCCCCCCACUCCGGGGUUCAGACAAGAUGGAUCAACUUUCCGUGACACUCGGGAUCCUGCUGCUCUGCGCUACUGGCAGCUGGGGGGACAACAUCUGCACCACCCGUGGGGUGAACUCUUGCAAGCAGUGCCUGGCUGUCAGUCCCCUCUGUGCCUGGUGCUCUGCUGAGGUCUGGGCACACUCAGCCCCUCGCUGUGACCUUCAUGCCAACCUCCUGCACAAUGGCUGCGGGCAGGACCACAUCGAGUUCCCCAGCAGCAGUGUCACCAUCCUGGAGGACCGGCCCCUCAGCAACAAGGGCUCAGGGGGGUCCACCACCACCCAGAUGAGCCCCCAGAGAAUACAGCUGAACCUGCGGCCAGAUGACUCCCAGGUCUUUCAUGUCCAAGUGCGUCAAGUGGAAGAUUACCCUGUGGACAUCUACUACCUCAUGGACCUGUCUAACUCAAUGAAGGAUGAUCUGAGGAACAUCCAGAACCUGGGCACAAAACUGGCCAGUGAGAUGCGUAAGCUCACUAGCAACCUACGCAUCGGCUUCGGGGCCUUUGUGGACAAACCCAUUUCCCCAUACAUGUACAUAUCUCCUCCAGAAGCCAUCAAGAACCCUUGCUAUGAGAUUGGGGAAACCUGCCUGCCCAUGUUUGGGUACAAACACGUCUUGUCGCUCACGGAUGAGGUGACUCGCUUCAACGAGGAGGUGCGGAAGCAGAGUGUCUCCCGGAACCGUGAUGCACCUGAGGGCGGCUUUGAUGCCAUCAUCCAGGCCACUGUGUGCGAUGAAAAAAUUGGCUGGAGGAAUGAUGCUUCCCAUCUGCUUGUCUUCACCACGGAUGCGAAGACCCACAUAGCACUGGACGGGCGGCUGGCUGGCAUCAUGCAGCCCAAUGAUGCCCAGUGCCACAUCGACAAGGAUAAUUUCUACUCUGCCACCACCACACUGGACUAUCCCUCUCUGGGCCUGAUGACUGAGAAACUCUCACAGAAGAAUAUCAACUUGAUCUUUGCUGUCACAGAUACGGUUGUUGGCCUCUACCAGAACUACAGCGAGCUGAUCCCAGGCACAACCGUGGGCACCUUGUCCAGAGAUUCCAGCAACGUCCUGCAGCUCAUAGUAGAUUCCUAUGGGAAAAUCCGCUCCAAAGUGGAGCUGGAGGUGCGUGACCUCCCUGAAGAGCUGUCCCUGACCUUCAAUGCCACCUGCCUCAACAACGAGGUCAUCCUUGGGCUCAAGUCUUGCAUGGGGCUCAAGAUCGGGGACACGGUGAGCUUCAGCAUCGAGGCCAAAGUGCGGGGCUGCCCCCAGGAGCAGCAAAAAUCCUUCACCAUCAAACCUGUGGGCUUCAAGGACAACCUGACGGUGGUGGUGAACUUUGACUGUGAGUGCUCCUGUGAGAGCCACGCCGAGGCCAACAGCCCGUCCUGUAGCCAUGGCAAUGGCACACUGGAGUGCGGCGUGUGCCGCUGCAACCCGGGGCGCCUGGGCUCACACUGCGAGUGCUCGGAGGAGGAGUACAACCCCUCACAGCAGGACAACUGCAGCCCCCGGCCAGACCAGCCCCUGUGCAGCCAGCGUGGCGAGUGCAUCUGCGGGCAGUGUGUGUGCCACAGCAGCGACUUUGGGAAGGUGACGGGCAAGUACUGUGAGUGUGACGACUUUUCCUGUGUUCGCUUCAAGGGCCAGAUGUGCUCAGGCCACGGGCAGUGCAGCUGUGGGGAUUGUCUGUGCAACUCAGACUGGACAGGAGACUACUGCAACUGCACCACGCGCACUGACACCUGCAUGUCCAGCAAUGGGCUGGUGUGCAGCGGCCAUGGCUCCUGUGUGUGCGGCCGUUGCGAGUGCACCCAACCCGGCUCCUACGGAGACACCUGCGAGAAGUGCCCCACCUGCCCGGAUGCCUGCACCAUCAAAAAGGAUUGUGUGGAGUGCAAGAAGUUUGAGCGGGGAAAGCUAAUGGAGCAGCAGUCCUGCAGCCGCAUGUGCCGUGAUGAGAUUGAGACAGUGCAGGAACUGGGUGACAGGGGCAAGAAUGCCGUGAACUGCACCUAUAAGGAUGAGAAUGACUGUGUGAUGAGGUUCCAGUACUACGAGGACUCCAGUGGCAAUUCCAUCCUCUAUGUCAUCGAGGAGCCUGACUGUCCAAAGGGGCCAGACAUCCUGGUGGUCCUGCUCUCAGUGACAGGUGCCAUCCUGCUCAUUGGCCUCACUGCCCUGCUCAUAUGGAAGCUCCUCAUCACCAUCCAUGACCGCCGUGAGUUCGCCCAUUUCGAGGAAGAGAAGGCCAGGGCCAAGUGGGACACGACCCAUAACCCUUUAUAUAAAGAAGCCACAUCUACCUUCACCAACAUUACAUACCGUGGGAACAUGUAAGGACUGCAACAUCCAGCACUGGCCAUGGGAUCAGCUGGUGAUCCGUGGGAUCUCCUGGAACCCAGUUUAUAGAAGAGCUUGUUUGUGUCUGCCUGUGUGAAUGACUGCAUGUGAUUUAACAAGUCCCUGACUGCCUCCAACCCAUAUUGUCUGUCACCCCACUGUAACUGCAGGGAUGUGCUUUCCAUGGCAAACCUCGGUCCUUACCUCAGCGGGUUGCUUGCAAAGCCACCAGCCCCCCAUACACUGAGCACAGAGAAAUGGGA